AUGGACUACAACAUGGAAGACACACAGAACCCGGUCGAGGCACAGAAGGUCGCCCAAAGAAAUGACACCCAGAGCGUGACCAAACGCCUCCAAGCAGAGCUCAUGCAGCUCAUGCUCUCACCCUCCCCCGGCAUUUCCGCCUUCCCAGACGCCGACGGCGACCUCCUCGCCUGGACAGCCACCAUCACCGGCCCAACCGAGACACCUUACGAGGGUCUGACAUUGAAGCUCUCCUUCAAGUUCCCCAACGACUACCCCUACUCUCCUCCAACCGUCCUCUUCAAGACCCCCAUCUACCACCCGAACGUCGACUUCUCCGGCCGCAUUUGUCUCGACAUCCUGAAAGACAAGUGGAGCGCCGUAUACAACGUCUCAAGCGUGCUUCUCAGCCUGCAAAGUCUACUGGGCGAACCGAACAACCCUCUGAACGCCCAAGCCGCGGAGCUGUGGGAUUCAAACCAGGAGGAAUUCAAGCGUCACGUUCUCGCCCGCCACCAGGAUUUGGACGACGAAUAA